ACCAAUUUUGGCUUCUCCCACUGUUUUGUCUCUCUUCUUUCAGCUUUUUCCUAUAUAUAUACACACAAAUUUUAUGUGUUGGUGCAUAUAUACACAUCAAUUCUUGAAAACACUUCAUAUUUCUCUUAAGACAAGUUCCCUCUUUUUUGGUUUUUUUUCCUGGUUUUCUGUUUAAAGGACGAGCAAUUUCAUCUGGGACAUCUUUAAUCUGUUAAAAUGGUUUUGAUGAUAUAUUGUAGUGAAGCUGGUUGCUAGACUCCAUUCUAGUUGUGUGCUUUCUCCUCGGUCUCUGUUCUUAAGAAGAUGGGCUGUUUUAGCUCUAAGGUGGCAAGAGGACAUCAGUUUCCUGGAUAUGAAGAUCCUGUAAUCCUGGCAUCCCAAACAGCAUUUACUGUAAGUGAAGUUCAGGCAUUAUUUGAGAUGUUCAGGACUAUUAGCAGUACAGUAAUUGAUGAUGGGCUGAUAAGCAAGGAAGAGUUUCAGUUGGCUUUAUUCGAGAAUAGAAAGAAAGAAGACCUUCUUGCGAAUCGGAUUUUUGAUCUCUUUGAUCUGAAGCAAAGAGGAGUCAUCGAUUUUGAGGAUUUCGUUAUGGCAAUGAAUGUUUUCCACCCAAAUGCCUCGCAUGAAGAUAAGCUCACUUUUUCAUUUAAGCUGUAUGAUCUGGAUGGCUCGGGGUAUAUUGAACGACAAGAGGUUAAACAAAUGUUGAUUGCACUUUUACGCGAGUCUGAGAUGAAGUUGGCUGAUGAAACCAUUGAGAUAAUACUUGAUAAGACGUUUUCAGAGGCAGACUCGAAUCAAGACGGAAAGAUUGACAAAUCAGAAUGGCAAAGUUUUGUGGAUCGAAAUCCUUCAAUACUAAAGAUUAUGACGCUUCCAUAUCUAAGGGAUGUAACAACUACUUUUCCAAGUUUUGUAUUUCAUUCAGAAGUUGAUGAAGGAGCUACUUGAGGAGUAGGGAGAAAAAAGGGGUGAAGUUCAGAUUUUAAUUAGUUCUUCUCGUCUACAUAUUUCAUUUGUCUUUUUUCCCCUCUAAAUAUAUUAUUAAAAUGUAUCUAAUUUUAUUGGGGGAAAAUGCAAACAAUAUAUGUCUAAAUUGGGUGAGGAGGUUUUGUUUAGCCCUCCCUUUUUGUAAAGUGAUUAUAUUUUUUUUGCCAAUUUGGUAAAGUAAUAUAAUUUUCUUAGAUUCACUUGA